GAUGUCGAAGUCGAGUACAAAUAGAUCGUCCACCAUCAUAUCACCGCCCAUGCCGCCCACGAUCAAGAUGAAGAUAUGUACCGAUCCUCGACACUCGACACACUUCUCAUAGCCGCCAUCUGCCUCGCCCAACAUGACCACCCUGAUCAAACACGUCAACCGCUACUGUAUCACCCCCUCCGGUCUCGAACUGUUUGCGAACUUUUAUUACCCGCCCCAUUGCCAGGAUAGGAAACCUAGGGGGUUGUUCGUCGCUUAUCAUGGAGGCGGGGUCAUCAACGGCUCGAGAGAUGAAGAGUUUAUCAAUGAACCUGUCAGACGCGCCGUACUGGACAACGGCUACAUUCUCGUCCAACCGGGCUACCGUCUCCUGAUCCCAACAAACGGCCACGAUAUCAUCUCAGACGUCCGCAACUUUUACGACUACCUCGCUUCCCCGGCUUACACCCGGACUUUACCGGAGAACGUGCGGCCUGAUCUAGGAAAGAUCGUCGUCGCGGGCUUUUCUGGUGGAGGGUACGUCUCAAGGUUGGCGGCGAUCGAGCUGAUCGAGAGCGCCAAGGAGGGCCGACGAAAGGGGAUCGAGUGUACGGGGAUGGUCUCUUACUUCGGAAUGGGCGGGGACGUCUUCCAACCAGACUGGGCGGAGAACAAGACUGGGAAAUCGGACCCUAUGGACGAGGUCGAGCAUCUCUACAAGCGCAAAGAGAUCUCGGAUUCGCCCUACACCCCCGGGCUGAAAGGGUGGGAGAACAGGGUGGAUAGGGAUAUGAUCUGGGAUUGGUUCAGGUCGAACGGGGUCUUUGUCGACGUGCUCGCCGGGACCCGGGGGACCGUCCUUAGAGACGCUUGGGCGAAGGCCAACUCGGGCUCGGAUUCGGUGUCGAGGAUGGAAAUCGUCCGACAGAUCGUCCCUGAAGAACACCACCCGGUGAUCCCCCAGAUCUGGUUUGAGACCCCGUCGAACGCCUCGUCCUUCCCACCUAGCAUCUACGUCCACGGGACCGCCGAUGACAAGGUUCCUUAUGCCGAGAGCGUCUUGACUGUCGAUCAGUUACGCAAGGCUGGGAAGGGAAAAAAUGAGGUCGAGUUCAUCACGAUCGACGGGGUGGAUCAUGAUCUCAAAGUACCGGGAGAGAGCGAGUGUAGGCCCGAGGUAGACGAGGCGCAUGGGAAGGUGGCCGAUUUCAUUUUGAGGCAGCUCAGGGCUUGAUCCCGAUCUGGGCGAGACGAGACGGGGGUGGUAUGAGGCGUGUACAUGAUCUGUAUGCAGAGCUCAGAUGAUAUGAUACCAAUCAUCGAGUCAUCGAAUUAGAUCGUUUAUUUUCCCAAGCCUUUCGAAGCCAAGCUUGUACGAGAUCAAGCACCGAGUCAUCAAUUCCGUCAAACCUUGUUCCGGUUCCAUCCGAAAGGGUAUCGUAACGGAAGGAACUGAGCCCCGAAAGAGGGUAAUGUUCGGUUCGAGAUCGUCCUUUGAAAAUCGUCGUUCGUGAUCACUCCACCUGCAUCGGGUGCAGUAGGGGGUAGGGAGGUAAGGCGCAAUAGUACCUUUGUUCUGGGCGACGACCAAAGGGGAACGACAACCCUUUCGAAGAUCCUUUGUCGGACAGUCUCGUGAUCGUCCGCUGAGGGGAUAUAUAAGGUAGA